AGCCACCCUCUAAGAACAAAUUUACGAAACAUUGUAUGUAAUAUGUAAAUGUUAUCGUACCUUUGACAUCAUCCUAUACCGUUCGUUGAGAACAGGAAACGUAAACGGAUUUCAAUUACAUAUUCCGUAUUUAACGCGGUUAUAUGAUUUGUAUUUUUAUUUUAAAUCCAUUAUAUUCUUCCAUAAGAAUGUGCAGUGAUACGAAAAAGAAGAAUAAGAAUCGAUCUACUGUUUGUAUAAAGCAGUGAUGAAAGAAACGACGAAGAACAAUUUAAGAGAUUCUUUAUUAUGAUAGUGUCACAAGGUAUAAUUCAAUGGCUUUAUUUUCGCUACUAUAAAAAGUAAUGUGUUGUACCAGGAGGAUGAUAAUUAAGUAGUCUUUUCCUUGUACAUAAUGAGGGAUAAUUGCAUCGACCAUGGACAUAAUUAAUAUAGAAGAUGUAGAAGGUAGUGUUAGACCAUCAAAGAACUCUUCGUCGAUACAAUGCAAUUGCAUAAAUUCAAAUUCGAUAUGUUACAUUGUUGUAACGAUCACUACUUUGGCUCUCUUGGGAGCAAUAGUUUUCAUCUGCAGAGACUACAUCAAAGUGCUGCUUUAUUGGAUUGAACAUCAAAACAUAUGGAUAGUCACUAUAAUAUUUAUUGCCUUGUUCACGGUGGUCUCAUUUCCCAUUGUGAUUGGUUAUCUAUUCCUUAUUAUAGCCAGUGGAUAUCUUUUCGGCAUAUUAAGAGGUAUUAUGAUGGUGGUAUUAUCAGCUAAUUUGGGAAUAGCCAUAGCACAUGUUACUCUUAGUGUAUUGUCAUCGAAACUGCCAAUUGGCGCACUCUUACAAAAUGAUACUGCAAGAGCAAUACUCAGAGUUAUAUCUGGACCACAGGCUUUCAAAGUCGUGCUGUUUGCAAGAUUGACUCCUAUUCCAUUUGGUCUGCAAAACACUAUUUUUGCAGUAAGCAACAUGGGUGGCAUCCAAUAUCAUUUAGCUAGUGCAUUAGGUUUAUUACCAGCUCAAAUAAUUAACAUUUAUUUGGGCAGUAGUCUGCGGUCCAUGCAAGAUGUUCUUGAAGAUAGAUCAACAGCAGCAACUGGUUACAUUGUCUUCUGUUUUCAGAUUCUAAUAGGUGUUUCAUUAAUGGUGUAUGUUGUGCAAAAAGCACGAAGAGAACUUCAGUUGGCAUUAUUAGAAUCAGACUUGGCCUCAAUGGCUGAUUCCUCUCAUUAUCUUCUUGAUACAUUACCAGAUUCUAAGAUAGUUUUGACGAAUUUACUCGCCUAAGACUCUUAUGUAAUUUUUAUUUCUGCAGCGGGUACACGCAUAUUUUAUGUUAGCGAUAUUAUUUACACUGUUCAUAUAUUUCUUUUCCAAAUUCAAAAUAUUUAAAAUAUUUCAUCACUGGACAACAUAAUUUAAUAUAAAAAAUUUAAUGUCAUUUAAUUAUUGAACAGAAAGAAAUAAUUUUACAAUUGGUAUCUGCAUACAUAAUAUUAUCGUAAAAAAACUGAGUAUUUUGUGAUACAAAAAGUAAAUAAUCGCUAGUUAUUUAAUUAAAUAUGAUUUAGAGAGAAUCUGCAAACAAUAACAGGAACAAAUAGUGUUUCGCAUACAUACACAAUUUUUUACUAUAAUAAGAUUUCUACAUUUUGUGCCAAA